AAAAAAUCUAGAAGAUUUCACUGGACCUAGAGAAAGAAGUGAUCUGGGAUUUGUCACGUUUGACAUUACUGCAGAUCUGCAGAGUAUAUUUGACUGGAAUGUUAAACAAUUGUUUCUAUAUUUGUCUGCAGAAUAUUCAACGAAAAACAAUGCUCUAAAUCAGGUGGUGCUUUGGGACAAGGUCAUGUUGAGAGGAGAUAAUCCAAAGCUGUUCUUAAAAGAUAUGAAGUCAAAGUACUUUUUUUUUGAUGAUGGAAAUGGUCUCAAGGGUAACAGGAACGUCACUUUGACUCUCUCCUGGAAUGUUGUACCAAAUGCUGGCAUUCUACCUCUUGUAACAGGAUCAGGACAUGUGUCUGUACCUUUCCCAGAUACCUAUGAAACAACAAAAAGUUAUUAAAUUAUAGUACUGAAUCCUAAGCAAGAUAUUUUUAUAAUUGUAUAUUGUGAAUAAAUUUUAUUGCGGUUUCUUCUCAUACCCCAUGCAACCCUUCAGUGAAAGGUACCUAAUUUCCUCAGGCCUAACAGCAUAGGAAAAGGAAAUGAAAGUUCAGCGUUGUUUUUUGUUUGUUUUGUUUUGUUUGUUUUGUUUUUUAAUAAAACAUUGAAGCUGAAACUUAAGGGUAAGGUAAAUUGCAGAGUAAUGGUUUUGGGGGGAAACUGAGGAACUGGUUUUUUUUUUUUCUCCUGGCCAUUUGGGUAUUGACCUCCUUUUCUUUUAAAUAAACAUUUUUAAACCAGAA